AUGAAUGUGGAUCGCCCCACCUCGUUGUAUAUGAACGAGAUUCGAACUCCAUCGCAGCGUCGAGUGAGUUCUUUCUGUGACUUGACAACUUCGAGCCAAGCGAGAAAAAUGUCACGAAGGAGUAGAGGAACGGCGGCCAGUACAGACGGGUCUGAGCGAAUGUUUGAGAAUGGACCAACAAUAAACUUUACGGAGAUGAUGGAUGCUAUGAAUGACAAUGAUCGUGAUAUCGGAGAAAGAUUACGGCGACAUCUACAAUUCUUUUUCAUGAACCCUCUCGAAAAGUGGAAGGUACGGCAUCAAUUUCCCUACAAAUUGGCUCUACAAGUCCUCAAAAUUAUCUUUGUAACUUUGCAACUGAUACUUUUUGCGGAGAUGAGAAUGUCUCAUGUGGACUUCAUGGAAGACACAAAUACUGUCAUGCGACAUAAGUUUCUCAAGGAGUGGAAUGACGAUCGAGACGCUUUGCAGUACCCUCCCGCGGAAGGGCGAUAUUCCGUGUACGACGGCAAUGGAAUUUUCGAGCAUCUCCAAUUUAUAAUCAAUUCGUACUACUCACUGCAAACGGAUUCAUUCGCAUCAUUCAGUUAUGACACUCAAAGAGUGCCCAAGAAUAAAACUGAUGUAGAAGAUCCAUCCUUCACCGCUGGUAUCGAUUUCGCAAGCAUACCGUUUAUUGAGAUCUGCGUGGAUAGAAUCAAUAGCGUCACCAUAAAUAAUAAUACCUACGAGUUUGACAUCACUGAUGUACAUGAAUGUAUGCGUUUAAACCUUACCGCUGAGGAAGUCAAAGAAAUACAUGGCGAAACUGAUGCUGUCGCCCGUGCUUUUGCUAAGCGAGGUGUCACGUUCAAAUCGGAAGACUCUCUGAUCAUCUCCAAGGCAUGCUUGAAUUUCAAACUCCGCACCAUCCAUUUCAGCCCUAAAUCUGGCGAUCAGAAACCGGAAUGUUACAAAAUAUCGGUCUCAAUCACAUUUGAUAAUUCUCGUCACACUGGGCAGGUACAUGUGGGCCUCUCCACUAUUAUUUCCUACGUCAAUGUUUGUAAUGGCAGGGUUAUCAAAGGAGUCGGACUUGGUUGGGACACGGUAGUCAUGGGAAUAACCGAUAUAAUCGUUCUGCUGCUGUGUUUAUCAUCGUUUGUCCUCUGUCUCAGGGCGCUCAUCAAAGCACAUCUGCUGAAGAAUAGGGCUAUAGAUUAUUUUGAAAAUAAUUUCAAAACUAAAUUAUCGAUCACCGAUCAGUUGGAGUUUUUAAAUCUGUGGUACGUCAUGAUCGUUAGUAAUGACUUGCUUAUUGUUGUUGGAACUGUCAGCAAGAUCUCUAUCGAAUUCCGUGAUUUCGACAAUUCCGUUUUUACUUUAUCUGGCAUUCUGCUUGGGAUGGGAGCUCUGCUCGUUUAUGUCGGCGUAUUGCGAUAUUUCGGCUUUUUCAACCAGUACAAUAUACUGAUUCUUACCAUGAAGAAGUCGAUUCCGAACAUGUUACGGUUCAUGUCUUGCGCUAUAGUUUUAUACGUUGGAUUCCUUGUUGCAGGCUGGGUGAUUAUUGGACCGUACAGCAUGAAGUUCCGGACAUUGGGGGAGUCAUCUGAAGCUUUAUUUUCUCUUAUGAAUGGAGAUGACAUGUUUGCUACGUUUUAUACUAUUGGGGAUUCCAACACCACCAUAAAGGUGUUCGGUACCGUGUACAUAUAUAUCUUUGUAUCAAUGUUUAUUUAUGUGGUGCUAUCGCUUUUCAUAGCCAUCAUAAUGGAUGCGUAUGAAGUAGUCAAGGAUCGAUAUUCAUACGGACUUUCAAUGGAACGAUCGUUACUCAAAGAUUUUGUGAAAACGGCUCCGUCGCUUUCCGAAUUGAAUUCGCCUACUGCACAAGCGCAAUUCGCUCCACAGGCGCUUCUGAAUCUCGGGGCUGGCAGCGACUCGAAUAGUGUUCGUGCUCUACAUCUGAUCGACCGCAUGCGAGACUGGGUAUGUAGCCUUCGCGGCAGUUCCAGGUUUGAGUCGUUUUCAAACCCACUCAGUGACCAAAUAGAUCCACCUCGUGAUAGUGUCGUGUUAUCCACUCAACGAGUCUAAAUUACGAUUAUCCCAAGUUAUUUUCGGAGUUGCCAAACGACAUCUUUAUCGUUCAAAUCUCAUCUGUUGUCUUGGGUUUUACUGUGAUCCAUAUGCCUUGCUAAGCUGUUCUUUUUGCUAGGUUUUCACUUACUCAGCUGUCAUCUCGCUAUCCGUUGAUCGGUUUCGGUGCACCUUCAGAUUGUAAUCUCUAGAUCUUCAAGAUUUGCUUGUUUUAUUAUAUCGUUUGAAUAUUUUAGCUCAUGUGAUUGUAUCCUAUGCAGCAAUGUGCGCAGUCUUGAAAGAGAAAUAAGAUAUGAAAAGGGUAAAUAAAUCUCAGUUUUUAGAUUAGGC